AUGAUUCUGUUCGAUUACGCGGGAAACACAACGCCCUCGGAUUCUCCUGCUCCCGUCAUUUCAAACAGGGUACAAGCAUGUGCGCGAAAACAACACCAGCAAGGGAAAAAAAAAAGGAACAGUAUUUCCGUAGAAACCCAACGGCCGCGACAUCACUGCUGUUUCAACCGCGUUUUAACAGUCUUUCUGGAAUCCUCUUUGGUCGCAAUACGCUCGAACGACAGCUUUGAUCUGCAAGAUUCUUGGAUAUCUUUCCAGUAUACACUUCACCUCUUUCUUUUCUUUGGCUCUUCUUCGCUCGUGCGCGAAGUAGGGAAUAUAAGAAAGAAGACAUGGCGACGGAGAAGGACGUCCAUGGGAACACGACCAGCUCCCCGACAACGACGGAUUCCCAACGAGGCAGAGUGUCGAGCGAUUCGAAUGGGCUCCAUCACGACCAUGUCGCUGCUGAAGCGAUCGGAGGCAGGACAGGCGAUUUACCGGAGGGGUAUUAUAGGAGUUGGAACUUCAUCGGGACGGUUGUUGCAACAUGUCUAGCCCAGAUCUCGGGAUACCUGGGCUGGGUACUCCCUGCCAACACGCUUUCUUUGAUCAAUGCAUCGAUUGGACCUUCCCCGAACCUCAUCUGGGUGUCUAUUUCCUGGACCGCUGGCUUCGCGAUCGGGUUCACGCUCGUGGGGAGGUUGAGCGAUAUUUUUGGUCGGAGGUGGUUCUUCAUCAUGGCGAGUGUGCUGGGGAUCGUGGGGAAUUGCAUCGGGAGUAGUGCGCAGAGCAUCGAGGGGCUGAUUGGGACCAACAGUAUUAAUGGUCUCGCUGCGGCUGGACAGCUCUCGUUCCACAUAAUCCUCGGCGAACUCGUGCCUAAUUCCCUGCGAGGUCCCGUCAAUGCUUUUGUGCUGUCGACGUCGAUUCCUUUCGCCGUGUUUGGUCCGCCGGUUGCGCGUGCGUUUUACGAGAACACGGCUCUGCAGUGGCGAUGGUGUUAUAUCCUUGGUGUCAUCGUGAACACUCUCGCCGUGAUUCUGUAUUUCUUCUUCUACCAUCCGCCUACAUAUGAAAUGUUGCACAUCGGCGGCAAGUCCAAGCUCAAGCAGCUCAAGACGCUGGACUGGAUCGGCAUCUUUCUGUUCAGCACUGGUCUCGUGGUUUUUCUGAUCGGUAUGAAUUGGGGUGGUGGAUCGUAUCCGUGGAAGAGUGCGCACGUCCUUGGUGCCCUGUUUGCGGGCUUCUUCACGCUCGUCGCUUUCUGCUUCUGGGAAGCGUACUCGGGGCUCGAGUAUCCGUUGAUCCCGAUGCGGUUGUUCAAGAACGUGGAGUAUGACGCAAUUGUAGCGUGUGCGAGUUUGGCAGCAGUGGUUUAUUACGCCAACACCGUCAUCUGGCCCACCAUGAUCGGCGCCCUCUUCACCACCGACGUCGUAAAAACAGGCUGGCUCUCGUGCGCCGUCGGCGGCGGUCUUCUUCUCGGCCAAAUCCUUGGUGGUGCAGGCGUGCGGUACCUCCCACGCAUGAAGCUGCAAAUGACAGCAGCAUCUCUCAUCACCGUCGCCUUCGUCGCCGCGCUCGCCGCAUCCAACUCUAGCACCGAGACCAUGACAACCGCGCUCCUCCUCCUCGGCACCAUCGGCGCAGGCUAUGUGGAGAACCUCACGCUUUCUACCACCGCGUACCUCUGGGAUCCCGCGGAUAUGGGAUUGGUGACGGGUGUCAUGGGCGCGAUUCGCACUGCUAUUUCCGCCAUCGCAACGAGUAUGUACUCGUCGAUUCUCACCACCGAGUCGGCCAAGUACAUUCCACGCUACGUUACUCCCGCAGCUUUGGACGCCGGUCUGCCUUCCUCAUCGCUCCCUUCAUUGUUUGCGGGAAUCACCGCGGGGAACUUGUCGGCGGUCCAAGGUAUGACGCCAGAGAUUGCAACCGGCGUGGAUGUUGCGGUCAAACAUGCGUAUUCGUUGGCAUUUCGAACAGUAUUCUUGUGCACGCUGCCGUUUGGAGUGUUGUUGCUUAUUGCGGCUGUGUUGAGUCCGAAUGUGGAGAAGUACUUGACUGAUGAGGUUGCGAGGAAGUUACACGGGAGCGAGGAGAAAGAAGCCGAGGUGGAAAGGAAAGAGAUUGUUGAGGAAUAG